AUGAGUUUGUUUGUAUUAGGAUCCACUGGAUUAGUCGGGGGCUUUGUUGUUCAAAAUGCGCUCAAAUCCAAAGAUUGGAGCAAGAUAACCACACUUACUAGACGUAAACCACAAUUUGCCACUCCUGAAGCUGAAUCGAGAUUGGACCCCAUUGUUGAAGCUGAUUCAUCCAAAUGGUCGGAUAUCAUCAAAGACAUCAAAUCAGCGCCAUACGCUUAUAUUUCAUCAUUUGGAACCACUAGAGCAGCAGCUGGAUCCGCUGAAAAAUUCAAAGCCAUUGAUUACGGAAUUAAUUACGAAGCAGCAAAACUGGCUAAAGAUAUAGGAGUCAAGACAAUAGUCUUGGUUUCUGCAAUUGGAGCCAACGCAAAUUCACCAUUCUUGUAUUUUCAAACAAAAGGUAAAUUAGAAGACGAUAUAAUUGCCUUGGGUUUUGAUCAUACAAUUAUUUUGAGACCAGGUCAAUUGAAUGGCGAUCGAGGUAAAGAAAGAAAUGAAUUGCCUCAUAAGAUAGCUACUUAUUUACAAAGUUUACCUGGGGUGUCAUGGUUGCUUAAGUCCAUUGAUGCUAAAGAUGUUGGUAAAAUUGCUGUUGAUUUUGCUGAAAAGGCACAAAGAGGUGAGGUGAAGGAGAAAGUUAAGAUUGUAGGUGGUGGUGAAUUAAUAGAGUUGGCUUCAAAGUUGUAA